AUGUUGGACGCCGAGGAGGACGAGGCGAGCAACCCGCGCGCGCUGCUCAUCCCCGUCAAGAACUCGGAGCAAGCAGUGGAAGUGUUUGUCGAUGAGCUCCCGGACGAUGUGAACGACAUUAUCGAUAUUCUGCGCGCCGAAGUGGCGCCGCUCGACGUGUGGCUUCAGUUCGCCGUGGAGUACUACAAUCAAGGCCACGUGGGGCAGUUCCAGGAGAUCUUGGCCGUGGCUUCCGAGCCAGGCAUUGAAGAGAUCUACAAGGACAAUGCGUCGCGCAUGUGUCGCAUCAAGUUCUUCAUUGCGCUGGCGAGCCACGCUGUGAACGCCAUGUGGAACGAAGAAGACGAGAAGAAGCGCGAAGCCAUUUCCCAACGCGCUGUUGGCUAUUUCCAGCGGGCCGAUCGCCUCGACCACCAGCAUCCCAUGACUCUUGUCGGCAAAGCACUGAUGUUCAUGGCCAAGAACGAAGACGACCGUGCCGAUCGAUUCAUCAAGAGUGUGCUGAUCUCUCAUAAAACGAAUUUGCCAGCUAUUUUGGGCAAGGCGUUGCUGCUGUAUCGCAAGAAGCAGUACAAGGACGCCAAGAAACUGUAUCUAGAGGCAAUCAAGCUGCACCCGCGCAGUCCACAAGCUGCUAAAAUGCGCAUGUGUUUUGCGUACUGUUGUUACCAUUUGGGAGCUGUAGAAAAGGCUCGCGCUGUUAUGAAGUACACGGCGUCGCUGGAUGAGACGAACGUGGACGCAGUGAUUGCGAAUGCUCUCUGGCAAUUGGCAAGUCAGGGUCGAGAAGAACGUGCAGUAAGCAUGCGUAACGAAAGCUCGCGCUUUAUGAUGAUGAUCCACCACGCCCACGCUAUUGACAAGACGAACCCGACAGUGCUCAACCACCUGGCCAACCACUACUUCUCACAGUGGAUUCCACUCCCUUGCACGGUGAGUGUCGUGCGUGGCUCGUCGAUUGUGGCCACGUCCAAGGAUAUCUCGAAUGAGGUAUCUCCAGGUCAGAUUAUCUGCAUCGGUGAUAAGUAUGUUGCGUACAUAAGUCGUGACGAAGAUGCCGUGACGUCAUCUGGCCUGAAGCUUGAUGGUCCGUACCGUGACGAGUCUGCGACAGCCACGAACAUUGCACGGAAGGACUACGAUAAGAUGUUCACGCUGGCAGGCAACGCUUUCCACAGCACGAGAAUUCCUGAGAUACGCUCGGAAAGUUGUUACCUGAUGGGACGUGGUUGCCACGCGCAGGGCAAGUACAAGGAUGCGUACAGCUAUUACUUCAACGCCGGACGGCUUUGGCCCAAGUUUGUACUUCCGUGGUUUGGACUUGCGCAGAUGUACUACGAGCGGAAGGAAUUCACGAAGGCUGCAUCUUAUCUGGAAAAGGCGAACAAAGCGUACCCAGAGAACGUGGAAAUUCUGUCGCUUCUCGGCGAUGUCUAUGGCAAGCUUGGCAAAAAAGACGAGGCUGUUGUGUUGCUUCGUCGUGUUGUCGAGCUAGAACCGGGUAACGUGGAGGCCCUGAUCGGCACAGCUGAACUCCUUCAUGCGUCUCCCGAACGAAAAGACCAGAUCAUCGCGGUUUCUUCGUACAUUGCCGCGCAGAAAGUUAUGAGUAAUGCCUCAGAGCGUGUGCCUAUGGAAGUAUACGUCAACCUCGGUGUGCUUCAGCAACGUGUAGGCAAAACCGCUGACGCCAUCAAGUGCUUCCAGAAGGCGCUCAAACAAUUGGGUGAGGAUAGUGCAGAUGAAGAGAGCAAGACAGAAGAGGCUGAUACACUGGUCGACGAGAGUUUCAUCCCGAAACCGACGGAGGCGAAUGUGUCUAUUCUGUACAACAUGGGGAGAGUGUACGAAGAAAUGGGCAACCGUGACUAUGCCAAGAAGUUAUAUGAUGCUAUACUUGAAUCGUUCCCCGGAUACACUGACUGUUUGCUGCGUUUGGGCUGCAUGCUGCGUGAUCGUGGCCAAGAGGCUGAGGCGAUCAAGGUAUUUGACAAAGUGUUGGAGAUCGAUCCGACAUGUGCCGAGGCCUGUUUGUUGCAGGGCAACAUUCACUUGAAGAAGCGCGAAUGGGUGUUUGCCCAGAAGAAGUAUGAAAAGGUGAUGGGAAUGCCGGGUUUGAAGAACGACCCGUAUGCGUUUUUAUCCAUGGGCAACAUUUUCAUGAGCAACCUUGGAGAAAAGAAUCGAUACACCAAGAACAUGUCGUUGAGCGAAGUAUACUACAAGAAAACGCUAGCAUUGCACCCGCACAACAUCUAUGCAGCCAAUGGACUGGGUAUAAUGAUUGCCGAGAAGGGCAACUUUGAGCUCGCGAAGCAGAUUUUUUCGCAAGUGCGUGAGGCCAGCCCGGACGUGCCAGAUGCUUGGAUUAAUCUCGCACACAUAUUUGUCGCCGAAGAGCGUUACCAGGAAGCUGUUCAGCUCUAUACUGUGUGUCUCACAAAGUGCUACCAGGGCCAGGAUCUCGAGGUGCUUUUGUACCUUUCUAAGGCUUACUACGAGUGGAAAGAUUUCCCCAGCUGCAUCGCCACGCUGUCUCGAGGACUUCACAUGUACCCGAACGACCUUCGUCUCUGGUACAAUACUGGUCUAGCCCAAGAAGACUAUGCCGUGACAACGUUAGGGCAGGAGAAAACGAUUGCAAGAGCUGGAGGUGGUAAUGCAGUCCCUCAACAUCGAACGAUGGCCGAUGUGCAACGUGCCAUCCUGGACUUGAAGCGCGCUCAGCGCAUUUUCCGCUUUUUGCUUCAGCAAGCAGAUGCUACCAGCCAUGCAGGCGGUAGUGAGAAGAAGAAACACCACAACAGUCUGCCGUUUGAUAAGGAAAAGGUGUCGGAUCACGAGAAGUUUUGUGGCGAUACACUGACAAAGGCGAGCUACCACUUGGAGUUUGAGCGUCAAAAGGAAGACAAGCGUCGGUUGGAGAUCGAAGCUCAGCGGAAGUUGUUGCGCGAGUACGAAGAACGCGUGGCACGUGAACAAGAAGAGACGCGUAUCAAGGAAGAAGAUACGCGUAAGCGCUACGACGACAUUCGACUGAAACAGGACGAGCGUCUGAAAAAGUUGCACGAAGGCUGGAGUGUGCGUGAACGUGAGGAGGAAGAGAAGAAAGUGGUCAAGAAAAAAGGCAGGAAGCGCAAAAAAACGGGCGACGAGGACAGCGGCUUUAUCGAUGACGGAGGAGACGAAGUGGACGAGGACGGCGGCAACAGCAUGUCGAUUGAGGAUAUGAAGAACCGCAACGCGACCAUGAAGAAACUGGUGGAGAAGCGCAGCAAGCGCGCGCGUGGGGACACUGGCAUGGAAGACGAAGUCGACCAUUCGACGGGUCUCUUUGGUUCGGACUCGAGCGACGGCGAGCAAGAGGAGCGGAAGCCGACUGGAGCAGUCAAGGAUGCAGAUCAGGUGACGACCGAAGAUGCGGCGACUGCUGAGAGUCGCGAAGCAGAGAAGAACGAGCUCUUUGGCUCGUCGUCUGAUGAAGAAUAG